AAUUUGUAAAGUUUUUAAAUGGUAUUGUAUUUCGUCUACUUUUAACAAAAAUUCCUUCUGAAAUUAGGGUUUUGGGUAUAGACAGAAUGAAGUGUUCGCACAGAGGCAAUGGCGACGGCGUCGGCGACGACGUGGGAGGUGGAAAAAAUAAAGCAAGUGAGCAAGUAGAACGCCACCACUCUCAUGGUCACACGCUCCCAGUUCCUCAAACUCAAGAAUCAAAUCAACGCUCCGUCGCAAACGGCCGCGAAGUCCUCGACGAAGCCGCGACAUACGGCAAGAUGUUCGAUGACCUCGGCCUGGCGGAGUGGGUCGUUAAUACGUGUCAGGAGCUCGAAAUGCGGAUGCCACGACACGUGCAGCAGCGUUGCAUACCGCCUAUGCUAGAGGGUCGGCACGUGCUUGGCAUCGACGAGACUGGGAGCGGAAAAACGGCGGCCUUUGUUCUUCCGAUCCUACAUCGACUCGCUGAGCACCCCUUCGGUGUUUUCACAAUCGUAGUGACGGCCACGCGCGAACUGGCGUUCCAGCUAGCAGAGCAGUUCCGCGCUCUAGGCUCUGUCGUGCACCUCCGCAUCACGGUUGUGGUAGGCGGCAUGGAUAUGCUCAAGCAGGCGAAGGAUUUGGUUGCGAGGCCGCACCUCGUCAUUGCCACACUUGGGAGAAUCCACGUCUUGCUCCGUGAUAACCCUGAUAUUUCUUCUGUUUUCUCCAGAACCAAGUUUCUUGUCUUGGAUGAAGCAGAUCGAGUUUUGGAUGCUUGUUUUCAGGAGGAAUUGAAAUUUAUCUUUCAGUGCUUACCUGAAAAUCGACAAAAUCUGGUCUUUUCUACGACAACUACAAGUAAUCUGCAAAAGUUGCAAGAACAUUACCAAGAUAAGAUGUAUGUCUACAAGGCAUAUGAAGGUUUUAAAACAGUUGAAUCACUUAAGCAAUAUGGGAUAUUUACAAUCCUGUCAUCGCGCCACUUUCAACAUAUGUAAAAUAUCGAUAUAAAAAGCCUUU